AUGCAGAGCGCUCUAAAGUGGUUCGGCGGCGGCGCUGGGGGGGCGGCACCAGGGCCCCAGGCAGAGCAGCAUCAGAAAGAGCAGGCCUCUGGGAACAAGGCAGCCGUAUCUGUAUUAGCUGGGACUUUGCAGGCAAAGGCCGCCCAACCCGGUAGCGGCAACAGCGUCGGGGGCCGCGAUCAGGCAGCUGGGACCGGCAGAGGUGCAGCAGGUAGAGGUACGGGUGCAGAUUCAGGCAAUAUUAUUGCAGGCACUGCAUGGACGAAUAUUCUUAGCACGGGUCCUAGUAUUGCGACGGACAAAAGCACGAAGAGCGGCGGCGUGUCUGGCUCCGACUCUGGCUGGACAAGUUCCGCCGCGGCGCCCGCUUCCACACCCAGUGCAAAGCCCACUGCAAUGCCCGCUUCUCCAGUCUUCAGCGCUCUCUUCAGCGCCCAGCCAGCCCCCGCCACCCAUUCCGCCACGCCACCCGAUCCUCCAUCCUCUUCCUCCCAUCAUCACCAUCUCUCUUACGAUUCUCGCGAAAAGACUACUCGACAAUUUUCUUCCGCGCGCGACUCUCUUUUGUCCACCGCUCUCCUCGAUUCCCUUCGCCACCACGACGAUAACAGCUGGGUCGAUUGCGACCAAUCCGAUACAGACAUGACGGCCGGUCCCAUGGGCCGCUCACGGCAGGACUCCUUUGUGAGCACCGGCCCAAAGCCCAUCUCAUUCAACAACCAGAACCGCGAUACGGUUGGCCGCAAUCGCAGAGAGUCUCUCGCCGGCAGUCUCAUGAACAACCUGAGCUGGGGCGGCAUGUCCUUGGGCAGUUUUGUCCGCGAUGACGUCAUGAUGCAUGGCACCUCCCCCGCAUUCGGCAAUGUCAGUGGUCAGCCUUCGUCUUCAUUCCACUCCUCGUCCUAUCUUCCCAGGCUCGAAGCCAACUUCAUGAGAGACUUCACAUGCUGCGGCAAGACACUUCCCAACCUGCACGAUUUGCUUCAGCAUUACGAAGAGGCGCAUACCCAACCAAGCCCCAACACUGCUCGCAACAAUGCCUUUGGCCAAUUCGGCAACCAGAUGGCCAUGCCAGGCAGCUCACAAAUGUCCAGCUCUCGGACCACUCCAACUCCCGGUCAGGGCAACUUGCAGGGCUUUGGCCAGCAGCACGGCCAGCUCCAGAUGGGCUUCGACAAUGUCCAGAUGAACGCUCUCAAUGCCAACAUGCAUGAUGAUAUGGAUGCUGUCGCAGACAUGGAGAUGGAUGAUGCGGUUGGAACCAUGGAGCUGGACGACAGUUCCCGAAUGACGCACACACGACAGAUGUUUGGCCAGCAGCAGCGACCUCAACUCGACAUGUCAAAUGCCGGGUUUCCCCAAGCUCUCCGCACUUCUCAGCCCACCACACCGGCCGUGGCUAGCUUUGGCUUGCAGAACAAUCCCACCGUCUCUUCCGUCAAUACUCCCACCCUUACGACUCAGCAGCAGCAGCAGCUCUCGCAAGGUGUUGCGCAUAUGGGUGGCAUGGAUGAAAUGGAAGGCGGGCUUCCCGCUAUGCCCAUGGGCGUCAAUGGCAAUACUAUCUCUGACAUGGACUUUUCCAACGGCAAUCCUGAAGAAGAAGACUCGAAUUUCUGUAUCAACGAUCCUGGGAAACAUCUUUUCAGCCCCAAUGGCGCUUUCCCACCUGGUGGCAACCGCACGAUUCAGGCCCAGCUCGCCCAGCUCGGUCUUACUCAGGGCCAGUUUGCCGACCCCGAGACAAAUAAAAUGCUACUCCAGCGCUUGCAAACCAUGAUGAUGCCCGAGGAGCAUAAGCCAUUCAAGUGCCCAGUCAUUGGAUGUGAAAAGGCAUACAAGAAUCAAAACGGACUCAAAUAUCAUAAAGCCCACGGCCAUCAGACGCAGCAGCUGCAUGAGAACGGAGACGGCUCAUUUUCCAUAGUUAACCCCGAAACAAGUGCGCCGUAUCCUGGAACUCUUGGUAUGGAAAAGGAAAAGCCCUUCAACUGUGAGACUUGCGGCAAGCGAUACAAGAACCUCAACGGUCUCAAAUACCACAAGGCCCAUUCGCUACCUUGCAAUCCCGAGUUCAAGAUACAGGCUAUGGCUGCUGGACUGACCUUGCCUGGAAUCCACGAAGACGCUCACCCCCAAUGA